ACUCUCAAGAAGGGGUGGUAACAUAAUGUCUAAGCCCUGGACGCCUUACGACAGCCUCACCACCGCUCCCACCAACCUCAAGGAGGCCAUUGACUGGGUCCUGAGGGUAACUGGUAAGGAUGGUAAGAAGAAUGAGAAGCCAACGGCAAGCACUAGCAAUGGCCCCCACUGUCUGUGCUACCUGGCCAAGGCAGUGAAGGACCUACUGUACGAUGCCAAGGACCCGGAGUACCCUGGUCCCAGUCCUAAGAGGUACUGGAGUGACAUACUCCUAGAGCAGGAGAAGACAUUAGUGCUACCAGUGCUCACGGACCUGGGACUCCUAAGUGUUGGCAGCACUAGUGCAGCUAGGGAUACCUGCGCCGGUGGCACCGAGGUCAUAAAGGCACUGAUAGACCACUUGGCACAGGGACUACAGAAGUGGGUUGGGUGGCAAGAAAAAGGAGAUGAGUGUUGUCUUAAGGGAACAAGUGGAAAGAGUAAGGGUAUAGGAAAGGAAUGUAAAUGUGUUGGUGGUACCUGUUGUAGUCCCGGUGGUAGUGCUGCUACUACUUGUCAUGACUGUAGAACAUGUGGUACCAGUAAUGCUGGCCAAAAAUGCUACCUCUCGGCCUAUUGCAAAACAAAAUCCACCUCUGGUAGUGGCAGUAGUGGUUCCGGUAACGCUGAAGGUGACUACUACUGGCCCACCAUAUCCAGUGACUCCACCAAAGUCCACCUCCUGGCCCGUAUUUUCCUAGGGUCAGUAUGUCUCAUCUGGAGUGGACUCAGUCAGUUGGGGUUCCUGACGGGUGGUAGCGAGAGGUGGGAUAAGAGUAGUUUGCACUCAUUAGAGGCUGGUGACAAUAAGGGUCUCGGCUCAUUCAUGGCGGCCAUGGGCUAUGACCUGGACAGGUUGAAUGGGAGUGGUCCAGAUAAGAAGGGGCAGUUUGUGCAAAAAUUACUAUCGGGAACGGAACCUAGUGGCGGCAAAGGUAUCCAAUGGAAAGAAUUCGCCGGUAAGAGUGCUUCUCAGAAUAGUGUAGCUGAGUACUACAGUAGUAUCUAUGGCAAAGCAAAGGAGGCUGGCAAAGGCAGUACUGAAUCCAUUUGUAAGGAUUAUCCCCUAUUGGUACUCCACAUCCUGGCCAGUGGGUACUUCAGGGCAGGCAGUGCCGGGGCAAAGAAUGUCAUCCUGGCGCCUAAAGCGGCACCUAAGAAAGAAGAAACUCCCUCUCCUAGGAAACCUAGGACCAUCCGUGAGAUCCUCUACUGGCUAAGUGCAUUGCCCUAUAGUCAGGGAUACAAGGAAUUGGUGGAUAGGAUGCAAGAUAAGACGGAUCAAGUGACCAAUGGGAACUCUGAACAAGAUAAGGAUAAGAUACAGCUAUACGAUGAGAAAAGUGAGAAGACGGAGCUCAAACAAGACUGUCUCACCCACUACCUAAUGGCCGCCUGUGGCUACUGCCCACUGGUACUCAUCGGUAUCCAGGGGACCAUAGCUACCAGUGGCACUGAAAGUGACAGUACUACAUCAAGUACGGGAAGUACUGCUGGUGCUCCGGAGAAGAAGCAGUGUCCUGAACACAGUAAAGAUCGUAAUAAGAGGUGUAUCCUGGAAGACGCCAACAAGACGACAGAUACUAGCAAGUCACAGUCUACCGACGGCAAACUCAAGGAAGGCCAAGUCUGCUAUGGCGGGUACCACCUGGAAGUAAAGGAUUUCGGCCCCCUCCAUGGGAUGUAUGCCAAUGGGCUCUUUGGCUUCCAGAUGGACAUGUCUUCCGCCCAGUGCCUGGACCAACUGAGGGUAUAUGUCUACCACUGCUUCUACCAGCUCUAUUUCCUAAGGAAGCAGUGUGGCACGGGGGUGGUGGACGGAAGUGUGCUGGGCUGGAAGAGUUGUAGGUAUGGUUUCCAGGUAUCUACCAGGAAGGCAGGAGUUAGCAGCGGUGGAGCCGAUAAUAAGAAUUGGAAGUGCAAGCCAUUAGAGAAUGGUGGUAACAGUAAUGAUAACCAAGGGGGUAGUCCUAAUCAGAAUAAUGGACAAAAGUGCAACUGCCUGGGAAAGGGUGCCAGUCAGGGUGGACAUGGAUCUAAUGAUGGCUCACCCCUACAGAGCUUCUUGUGUGAUAGUAUACAUGGGAUGCAUUGUCAUCAUACGGUGGGUAGCGGUGUAGAAAGCUAUCCACCCAUUGAGGAGCACAUGAACAAGAUUGUCACUCCUAGUGGACAAGAAAAAGGGCCUCACAAGCAUUACCCCGAAUUAUGCCCAGUCCCUAUGGGAUGGAGUACGGAUAAGGAGAACCACUUCAAAGAUUUGAAAGACACGCACAAGACAAAGGAUCUGACAGGAGUAGGUAGCAGUGGCACUGCCACUACGUAUCCCGCCCACUGCACUGGGAAUACACUGUCACAUCUCCUGGAAUACUACUGUGACCCCGAAAAGUGCCAUGGCUCCCUAGUGGUACUACUGAGACUGCUGGCAUGUAUUACUCCCACGGUGCCACGGACUCUGGGUGACCUCUUUGGGUUCUAUUACUAUAUAGUCUAUAUUGGGGGAAAGAGUAGUGGUGGUGCUGGACAGGGAGUGCAUGAGAAAUUGAAAGGAUUCGAAUCGGAGGUGGUGCUCUAUAUGGGUAAAGAUAAUGCAGUGGUCGGAGCACUAACCACAUGGAACGGUGACAGUAGUAGUGGUGGUGGUAGUGCUUGUAGCCACGGCACUAAGGAUGGCUCACUAAAGACCCUAUUUGGAUGUAAAGAUGGCACUGGCCAGUGCUCUCAAUACCUCUCUCCUUUGAGUGGCCAGCAGUAUGGCCAGUUGAGUCCCGUGAUGGCCGGGACCUACCUGUCAUGGUUGGUCUAUUUGAUAGGGGAGUUUCAGGGAGGGUUGGGAGAGUUGAGGAAGGAGCUCAUGAAUGUUGAUUGUAAGGGUGAUGGGUGUCAGGGUCAGGCGGGAGGUAGUGGAUGUGGUAACGACUGCCGAAGUGGAAGUCACGGUACUACGUGCAGUGGUGCUGGUAGUGCCGGAGUAUGUAAAUGCACCUCUGUCGUAUCAUGUACCGGGGUACUACCGGUGUUGUACAAGUAUGGAUUUGGGUAUGGUGAUGUCAGUAAGCUGCACAACACUGCUGGAGCAGGUUCGAAGAAGUGUGAUGCAUUCCUAACGACGCUAAAUGGCGUCUUAAAUGGACAGCAUAUCAAGCAUGACGGCACAGGCCUCCACCACGAGAUAAACCAACUCAUCUACAUCACUAGGCGCCCGUGGAUAUUUGUUCUCACGGUAGCGUGGCUAGUAGCGGUACUGUAUCUAGCAUUUGGUGCCAUAUGGCCACUGGACUGGACACAUAUGAGGUCGCAUUGUAGGGGAUGGUUCAGGAAGGGUAGUCUGAGUCCAUGGGAGAUACUGAUGGUGGGCAAUAAGAAGGGAAGGGGGAUAUUGGAGUUUUUUGGUGGGAGGUAGUGGCAAAGUAGUGGCGCCUUCGGCGCCAUAACUAGG